AACCGAUUAUUGUAUUUUAACGAUGUGACCUAAAAAUUUACUUAUAAUUUUGUUGUGAUCACACGUGGCCGAUUUGAACAUCAGCUUAUUUCUAUCACUUAGGAGGUAAGUAUGGUGCAAGUUUUAUCAAGCAGCGCUGAUUACCCAACAGAAUUUUAAACCCUCUUCAAGCCCUAGGAUUUCAAAACAAUUUUUCGGUUCAGCGCCCAUAGAUCAUGGGAAACCAAAAGUAACAAUUUUUUGGUUCCGUGAAAAUUCAUAGGAACCCAUCCCCUAAAUGUUCUUAAUUUUUCAUAGUCAUUUUUUUUUUCUUGGUUCUGGAAGCCAUAAACCAGUAAUGUAUAAAGCUUUUUGCUUUCGUUACCGUGAAAUCCUAGGGCCUGCUCUUCAGUAGCUUAGAAAAUAAAUGCUUGUACAAGCAAUCAGUACCAGUGGCUACCCUUAACCCCCCCCCGCCCCGCGCCCCUGUCCUCGCAGCCACGCACCAGAUCUUUGAACCCAUGCAGCUUAGCAGUGAUGAUGAUGAUGAUGAUGAUGUCUGUAUUUUUAUUCUUACAACAGAGCAAAUACAAUGCCUUCACCUAACAAUGAAUACAAGAAGAAUGUCAGCAAACAGUUCUGGACGUACCUGUCCUCACAUCGUCUCAGGCCAUCGACCAAAAUGGAGCUCAGAGGGGUCUAUUAUGAACAAUUCAAGAAAACCCUUGAUCGCUCGUCCCCCUCGGUCCCAUUCUCCACCAUUUUAUUCCAACUAAAAAGGAUGAAAAAGCUUGUGAAAUGCAAGGAUGGUUCAGAUAACUUAUUGUACUUUGAGCGCAAAGGCCGUCGGUUAGUGUUGGCUGUGGAUCAGUCCUUUGUUCAUCGGAAGCAAAGGAAUGCAUUAAAAGAAAAAGGAGAGAACGAAAAAGAUGUUGAUGAAGCAGAAACUGAGAAUUUUGAGGAAGUUGAUGACUCAGCGUACGAACUGAAGAAGAUAUUUCUUGAUCACAAGUAGGGAGAGAAAACAGCUAAUAAAUUAUUUUCCUUUUUUCUUUAUUUUUUGUGAGAAAAAUAAUGAAGAUCAAAUAAUUAUGUUUUAGUAAUGGUAACAGGACUGAGUGGAGUCCAAUUCGGUCUGUAAUCAUACGAGUGAUUAACAAAAUCAGACGACCGCGUAGCGGGAGUCUGAUUUGUUUAAUCACGAGUAUGAUUACAGACCGAAUUGGACGACACGAAGUUCUGUUACCAAUUAAUCAUAACUUUAACAAAAUUUGUGAUAUAAAAGGCUAUUUUUUAAAUCAAAACACAAGAAAUUCGAAAUUUUGUUUUGCUAGCAGUGAAAAAAAAGCCAUUUAAGCGCGCGUGGUGGCGCGUACUGUCCAAUUACUUAGGCAUGACGCGUACUGUCCUAUUAAACUGUCCAAUUAAGGCUGAAAUCAGGGCAGUUGAAAGCCAAUCAGAUUUGACAAUUUUGUUAUAGUUAUGAUUAGUAUAGGUAAUAGCAUAAUUAGUAAUGGUAUUUGGUAUUAAUACCACGAGUGAUAUUUCAAAAUUGUUAUACGUAAUUUCCCGAGCCGGUAGGCGAAUGAAAUUUGAGACAAUUUUGAAAUAUCACGAGUGGUAUUUAUGCCAAAUAUCACGUACAAAUUAUGCUAUUAUUUGUUUAUACUACUACCCGCAAAAGGUUUGUAAUUUUCACAUGUAGGUAUUUCAAAUUAAGCUGAAAUACCACUGCUCUAAGGCGAUCAAAUUGUAGAAAUUUCUCAUGUAGUAGUAUAAACUCCAUAACAAUCAAACCUCUGUCAAUGUUUAAAACCAAACGGACACAACAGCCACCUCUCUAUAUAAUAAUUAUAUGGACAUGUGGUUGGUGUGUCCGCAUUUGGUUUGAACAUUAACAGUUGUCUGAUUGUCAUAGAAGUAAUACAAUAUUUAUCAUUAUUGUUGUGGCUCAAUUUUGUUCUUGAUUUAAAUUCUACUUUCCUUUGUUUUAAACCUAUCACACAAAUACCAUGCCCCAAAACAAGGAAGAUCAAAUAAAUGGGAUGAAAAGGAUGAAUAGGAAUAGGAUGAAAUAAGGCCAUAGCAUCCACAUUACAGAGUUGUCUGUAUUAUAGGAGAAGUAUGCCUUGUAUUCUAUUAAGUUUGGUGUCUUCAGGAUUGACAGAACUGUCUGUAUAAUUAUGGAGGUAUGUUCUUUCUAAAUGAGGUGUUGCCAUGCAGGUAAGAACAGAUUUGACUGACCACAAAAAUGCUGUCAAAAUUGCUAUCAAAGUAAACUGUAAUCUUCAGCCAUUUUCUUUUUAGCUGUUACUAAAUAGGGUAAUUCUCUGACAUGUCAAAUGACAACUUGUUUGAUUUUGUUUUACAGAGAAUCUCUAAUUCAAGACAAGAAUGGAAUUCGAAUUUGCUCUGAUUUAGAUAGGGAACAUGGACACAUUGACUUUGGAAAAAUGAAUUUAACAGAAAGUGCAAAAAUCACGGAAAUCAUGGUGAACAAUGCAGGUUCAAGCACAGUUAAACUUAAACGAUUUGCUGCCCUAGAUUCUGUUGGAGACUUCAUGCUUUCUGAUAAGCACAACGUUACCAUGAGUGGGCCAAAACACAAGGUUAUCAGACUUCCCGCAGGAAAAGCGUACACAAUACAAGCGCUCUUCAAACCUAGCAGCCUUGGAGAUUUCAAACAGCCAAUCGUGUUUGAGUUUGAAGAAGAAUCAACGGCUAAAGCGUACCACAUUGCACGGUUUUUAACUGGGCAAGGAACUAGUGAUGAUGUAGAGGGAAUCCUGCCAACGCAAAAAUAUCAGCAUCCAAAACCAUUUGCAAGGGUUGUUGAUCCAGAUGUGCUUGUGAUUGGUGGAGUGCCACCUCCUAGGUAAACCACAUGUAUAUACCUACUUACAUUUAUAACAUUGACCACACUUGCUAGUUACUGUUGACUUAAUGUCAAAUAAUAAUGAUGAUGAUGAAAGGUUUAUUGGCAACAAGUCUUACACAUCUUUGCAUUAACAAUGAAUUUAAAUGUGUUGACCUGUAUUAUUGAUUUUAAAUUGUUAAUACAAAGAAGCUAAUGUAUAUAAGUUGUGGUUAAAUUUAUCCUCGGUUCCAAUUUCAUUUUCCUUUGUUUCUUCAUACUUUACCGCACCCCACAAAAGGAAAAAAAUUUGAACCAAGGAUAAUAUUGAUCCAUGAUAUUAUCCAGUAAUAUAUUAUAACAUUGUUAUCAAUAUUUUUAUAUUUGAGUCAUAGGAAUAGAUUGUCAGUUUUGGCCAAAAAUAUUGGUUUAGUAUUGAUUGAUAAAACUACACCUUGUAACUGAACUAAUAAUAUUACAAAAACUGAACUCAUAAAUUUAAAACCUUAGUGGGCAUAACCUGUGGGUAAAUAUGUCAAAUUCACACAUUGUUUCAUUAAAAAGGCAACUUAGAAAAAAGAUCUAGGAAUUCACCAGCUUUCACCAAGAGCAUUUUCCGGCUAUCCUUCGAUUACUGUAAAAUUCCGAAAAUAAUUCCCGGGGCUUAUAUUUUUCACAGGCCCUUUUUGAGGGGCUUAUUUUUGGAGGGGCUUAUAUAUGGAGGGGCUUAUCUACGGAGGGAAAUUUGCGUUUCAAAAUUGAUUGGGCUAGCCUUAUAGUUAGAAGGAAAUUUACCGUUUUUGCUUUGUUUUAUUUUGUAAUUUGAGGGCAAUUUUCCAAGUACAUCAAGCCCUUGGGGGCUUAUAUUUGAAGGGGCGAUUUAACGGAGGGUUUUUUGCGUUACCGGUUUGCGGGGCUUAUAUUUGGAGGGGCUUAUACAUGGAGGGGCUUAUUUUCGGAAUUUUACGAUAACUGCUAAAAGUACACUGAUGUACAUCUUUUUUCUGUAGGCCUGACAAUAAGCUGCAGUACAUAGUUCCACUCAGUAACUACCAUAUUCCUCUCCAAUUACGCUUGGGCUUAAAUCAAGGCAAACCUGGUGAGGAGUUAACAGCACUCCUGGAGUCAGACACAGCUUUACCAACGCCAGAAUAUUCAAAAAAACUUGCUGCACUUCUUCACAUUGAGGAGCUGCAGAUGGAGGUUGAUAUUCGUCAUUAUGACUUGGAAGAUGUAACUCUUGCACCAGAAGGCGAAUUUCUUGUCUUAAAGGUAACUUGAUAACGUUGAGGACAGAAUGGUUUGUAAAAUGUUGAAUUGUUUAUUGUUGGCCAUACAAAAUUUUGUGAUGCUUUGAUUUUUAAUGAAUCAGAAGUCAAAUCUUUCUCAGGCAGACAGGUUUUCAUUGGAGUCAGCAUAAGAGCUCUUACUGACCUAUUGACAACUGAAAAUUGCAGUCAAAAGCAAAAGCUUUUAUUAUAUGUAUGUUAAGAAUCAGUCAGGGUCAUACGAAUCGGAACAUUUAUUUUUCUUGCCACUCUUCUAAUGACUCCAUCAUUUACAAUCUGGUGUAAACCAGAAUGUUGGAGUUAGAAGUAAAAUGGAAGAAUAAAUCAAUCACAAUGCUUUGUGAUUGCCUCAGUUUGGCUUCUGUUUGCAACUCUGACAAUCUAUUUUUCACUAGAUCAUAUGUGACAGAGAUUUGGAAGGCAUUUGGUUGGUUUUGUACACUCUUCCAGGAAUGAAGGCUCGAAUAGCUUACCUUCAAACUCUUUUCUGAUUGCAGGUUCCUGGUUUGGCUGAAAACCGCCCAUCAGUAAUCAGAGGUGAUCAAAUCCGGGUGAGAAUGAAAGACAGGACAGGGCAACUUGAAAAGGAAGCGUAUCAGGGAUUUGUUUAUGUUGUCGGACUCAGUGAAGUUCGCCUUCGUUUUUCACCAAGGUAUAAGAAAAACUUAUAAGUGUUUUAAGCCUACUUAAAAGAGUGAUUAAGAACCAACCCUGUUGCUUAACCUUGCAAUUAAACACAUUAUCAAUUGAUGGCUGUGGGGAAGUGAGGGAGCCAUGAGGAGGCAGUGAAUGUAACCAUGACAACCCUGUGAGCAGCAACUACCAGGCAUCUCCACACUCAGAACCUCAAGGGAGAGUUUUGCAGGUAAAAAUAACAGCAUGAGAAGGCAACUUGAGAGAAAGGAUUGACCUCAGCAAAAGUACUGUAAAAUUACUAGGUCGAGCCAGCUGCAAAUGCCCAAAGACCUUUCCCAGAUAUGAUUAUUAAUCAAAAUGGCUGGCCAGCAUAGUUUGGCGUUGAACCCUUUAAGUCCCAAUAUCCACAUGUAAAUUUGGCCAUGUGAUCUCCAUCAUUUCCUUGAAGGAUUAGUUAAGAGAAUUUGAUAAAAGAUCAAGGCAUGUCCUCCUUGGUGAUCAUUUUAUUAAUUCACUUAACCUAUACCCUUGAUAAUGUAUGAAAAUGUUAGGAGAAAAUUAAAUUUAGCCAAGUAAAAGUACUGCUUUUGUUUUCUCCUGGGCAGUUUCCAUAAGAAGUACAUCAAAGGAAUGAAAUUGAACGUAAGAUUCACAUUUAACCGCACACCUUUAAAACUGAUGCACCGUGCACUGGAAAUUGGAUACAAAGUGAUUGAAGAGGACAGGCUCAGUUCAUUAAAGCUUCAGAUUGGUACCCACUUGGAUCCACUCUUAGAUAAAGAAGCCCAAGAUCUGAGGUAAGAGAAAAGUUGUCAGUGCAGAAGUGGUUGUCAAGAAUCGUUCACAAUCUAUUUCAUGCCAAAUUGUUUCCCAAAGGAGAAAGUUUGCCUCAUAAUGCGAAAACCUAUGAAUCGUAAUUAUUUUUUUGUAACUCAAAAGCAUUAUUUCCUGUCUCAUAUUUCCCAUGUUUCCUGGAAAUCAGUGAAGAAUCACUUAAUCUAGCAGUGACAGACAGAAAAACAUGUAAUUCACCUUAAUUCUACUUUCACAUCAUGUGCAUGACUGUUUUGCGGAUUACACACUUAAAUUAUAGAAUCAUGUAAAGGAUCUUUGCUUAGUAAGGCUGCCAUGUAGUCUUUUUAUAACUCUGGGUUUUUGCCUUGGGCAGUAAUUCAAGAACUUUGCUUUCAGAUUUUAUAAUAAAAAACUUCACGACAACAAAGAACAAGAACAGGCAGUGAAAAACAUCGUCGCUGGAACAUCAAGACCAGUUCCUUACUUGGUGUUUGGUCCACCUGGGACUGGGAAGACAGUUACUAUAGUAGAGGCCAUUAAGCAGGUAAGAUAUCUCAUAAACUACAUAACCGAGUAGCUUUUGUGCUAAGCCCAUCUGUGGAGAACCAGGGUUAGCCAAUUAGGAUGGGAUAGUAGCAAAAUCCUUGCAGCAAGGCUGUACUCUAGCAGUGUCUUGUGGUCCCUGCUGCCUAACCCUACCUUCCAGCUGGAAAGAAAAAAAAUCCAAGUCUUUCUUAGAAAUCAUAUGCGGGCAUCUGGGAUUUCACAGACAUUUUUCUUAGAGCACAGCCUUGCUUCGUAGGCUUCUCUCCUGCUGGCCCCUUUUAAAGAGAACCCUGGAAACGACGUUGUACUACAAGAACAAUGAGAUCUUUUCUUACAGUAACUUGUUUUUGUUUGUUUGUUUUAACAAGGUAUUGAAGAUGUUUCCUGAGAGCCGUGUUCUUGCUUGUGCUCCAUCCAACAGUGCGGCAGAUUUAAUUUUACAGCGAGUCAUGGAACAUACAGUCAUUCCAAAGUCACAGAUGAUUAGGCUAAAUGCUUUUGGAAGAUCAAUUUUAUCCCUUCCAAGAGACAUUAAGGUAUUUUUAUGCUAUUAGAUCAAAAUCGAGUUUGGACUGCAGUUUACUGGACUGCAUUCUAGUUUAAUCUAAUCCACUUUUGCUAUUUCAUGCCUUUUCUUGGUUGCCUUGUAUGUUUGUGCUUGUAUCAGUCAACUCUAUGGCAAAUUUGAACAUGCAGAAAUUGUUUGACGCUGAAUGUUAGAUUGCUGAAAAAGUUUAAUUUCAUCUACCCAUUCGAAAAUUUGAACUUCAUACUGAUUAAAUAGCACCGGUUGAAAGUUGACUACUGAAGAGGGGUCAUUUGAAUGGAUUUCAUCCACAUAAUCAAAAGUUUGAACAAAGUAAUGAAAAGUACCGCGGAAAAGUACUUCUGAAGAGGUUUCAUUGAUUCGAAUGGUCACACGUCACAUUAUUUUAUCAACAUGCCUUUACAACUGACACUGAAAACCAAACCUUUUUAAAGUGAUUAUUUCACAAGUCAAUGAUCUUCUGGAUUGGGCUGUUGUAUUUUGUUUUAGGAUGUUUCCAGUAUCACCUAUGGUGGCGACUUCUACUUUCCUUCAAAACAAGAAAUCAUGGACAAGCGUCUUGUCGUGUGCACGCUAAUCACUGCUGGAAGGUGAGUUUACAAUCUGAUUUAUUGACUUAUUAAUUAGUACUGCAUGAUUAUAUGCACAACACUUUCACUGCUAUUUACUCGUCAAAUCAUGCAGGUCUAUCCUUAAUGUUUCAUUGCACAGCUUUCAUUUUAAGAGCUGAGUUUUUACCUAAGGAUAGUCAAUGUUAAGUGACCCUUCCAACUUAUAGCAGAGCGCCAUGCGUGCGCGAGCGGAGCCCUAAAGCUAAGAAAGUUUGGUUAUCAAUUUUGGUAGUCACGUGGUCGUGCGUCCGCCCGUCCGUUCACACCAGUGUUGCGACUGUGAUAUCCAUGUUGUGGUCAACUGACAGCUGUCAAAACAGGGUGGUUGCUGACCAGUAUCACAUGGCCGUAUUGGGGGUCAGUUUUCAACCCAUCAAGGUUACGUGUUUUUUUGAAGUUAUCCGCUAGAUUUCAACUGAUCGCAGGCUCAACUCCAAAUGGAUUUCUUUGCAAUGGUUACAAGUUUAUUGCUUGAAGUAAAUUAUGAAUUUAUUAGCGGGAACUUUGCCCGUAAGCCUUGGCUAAAUCUAAUUUAUAUAAAAGGGGGUUUCGAUAGAGUGUUGGAAGCAAUUUUGCGAUUAUAAUCAACGUGAAGGAACGUUAUUAACUUUGAAAAACCUGCGGUGUUUGGUCAAAGGUAUAGUUUUUAGAGGCGAAUAUUGUUUUACGCCAGAAUACAUCAGUAGUCUAGCGAGUAUUAAGUAUGUUUUUUCAGACUGGUAUCAGGAGAGAUUCCCGAACGACACUUUACUCAUGUGUUCAUUGAUGAGGCCGGCCACUCCCUACAACCUGAAUGCUUGGUCCCCCUGGCAGGCAUGUUUAGUACCGAGACUCCAGGAGGGGGACAGUUAGUUCUGGCAGGAGAUCCCCAGCAACUUGGUCCAGUGUUGCGAUCACCAGUCGCAAUCAAGGUACAGCCAUGUAUAGCCAUAUAUUCGAGGUAUAACCGCCUUAGUGGAUUUAAAAAGAGCAUGCUCGUCUGCGUAAGGCUUUGUCUACACUUAACCAGAUAGCUGUUGUGCCAAUAUGAAAACCUUAUCAGAGAUGGCUUUCGCUCACGCGCGAGAACGGUGAUUUCGACGCAGAUUCGGUAACGGAGCGAAACUACAGGCGAGGUAGCGUGAAAAUGUGAACACUGUUGAGCGUCACAGAUUGAAUAGGUUUCUGUGCCGCUCUUUUCAUGUCGGCAUGAAAAACUAGCGUCGUAUAGAGCAGAGAUAGCCUCAAAGUUCCCUUAUAGCGGAGCUCUCGCCCAGCGCAGCACCAUGGGUAAGAAAAUUUGGUUAUCUAUGCAUCCAAGAAAUUUUGGUUCUGACAGAAUCGUCCGUGCCUACGUCCGUACGUACGUCCACCCCUUCACGUAAGCCGGGGUGAAAUUUCGCAUUUGAAGCACCCUCUCGUUUUAGCCCUGACUCGCAGAGAGAAAAACAACAUCAAAGCCGAGUCUUUUUUCGAUUACAUUUUAAUGUUUACACUGACGUUGAUAACAGAGAAAGAUAAAAAAACAAAAGAGACGAAUUUCGUCGGAAGAAAAACAUGAAAAUCUUAUAGCGGCGAUGAGAAAAUGAGAAAUGCUAGCGGCAACCAGGGUUGCCUUUUUUCCCUUUUCACUCACUGCUUGUUAACGGUUUUGAAAAAAUGCAACGUCAUGAGCUGUGACACGCGCGAAUAUCCUCAACUAUCUAUCUUCAUUUUGUGAACAACUGUUAAUUGUUUGUGAUUAGUAUGGCCUUGGCAUAUCUCUUUUGGAGUGGAUGAUGACUAAAGUACCUUUCUAUGGACGAAUACCCCAAGAUGAGGAGGAUGAGCUUGGAGAUUACAAUCCUUUGAUCAUUACCAAGCUUCUGAAGAACUACAGAUCGCAUCCGUGUAUUUUGGAGGUGAGGUGACUGUGUUAAAAGGGAUCAUGUAAGUAGACUACUACUAUGAAAAGCCAAGAAACGUACCGUGACUAAUCUAAAGCCUCCGGACCCCCCACCCCACCCUCCUUCCUUCCGAUCCACACCACUGGCACUGCCACAUCCCCGAGUUGUAACCUACCAACAUAUCCUCAAUCAAAAUAAGCUCCCCUUUUACAGCCUUUCAGUUUACCACCCCAACCUUCCCUACCCUACUCUUCUCCAACAAACUGCAAUCUUAACUAGUCUCCUUUUGCGAUUCAUUCGGAUAAGCGAAAAUUCUGCUUUAUUACGAAUGCGCGCUCGGUUUGUGCUGCUCUAUGUAUAAUUCAAGCUGCUUUACGUAUAAUAGAAUACAAGUUAUGGCGUGUUUACCGAUCAGUAGUUUUCCUCAGAUAAGCGGCCCCACAUUAUCCAAAGAGAAUAUGGGGAUGCUUUGAGAACUUAACGCAAUUUUACUUAGCUUAAAUGUCGAGUCUGUCUGAGCUUAAAGGGGCUGUGUCACGGCAGUCCAGUUCAUUUUGUUUAAUUUUGCCAAUUACUCGCCCUCACUCGCUAUGGAACUUAAAUUAGGCAAAGAAAUUACAUGUAAAUGACAAAGUUAGAGAUUCGAGACAAACAAAUAUGUCUCCUGAGCAUUAUUUUGGAAGUUGCAAGCAGCAGAGAUAAACUUUGAAAAACUGUUAGGCUGAACAGUUUUCAAAAACCCCAAUUUCAAUCCGUUACAAUCUUCUUCAAUUUUGCCCAUCCGUGGCAUCUGUUGUAUCUGUUGUGUUAUUUUAACCUUCCUUUAAUGUUUUAAGCGGUUAUUUUUAUGUUUCUCUUGGAUUAACAGGCAUUUUGUAUUACCUAAUUUGGCUGAAUUUCGUGACACAGUUUGGUUCUUGAUGUUGAUAUUUUUCAUUCUUCCAGCUUCCUAAUGAGAUGUUCUAUGACGAUGAAUUAGAAGCUUGCGCCGACAAACUAAAGAGAGAAUCUUUAUAUAACUGGAGCCGCCUCCCGAACAAGGAAUUCCCGAUCAUUUUUGAUGACGUAAAAGGUCGCGAUAUGCGCGAGGAGAAAAGCCCGUCGUUCUUUAACCCCGAAGAAGCAGCUGUGGUUGUACAGUAUGUCAAAGACUUGAAAGAUGCAAGAGGAAUCAAGGUGCAGCCUUCUGAGAUUGGAGUUAUUUCUCCCUACAGGAAACAGGUGCGUGGAGGGAAUAUUAUUCGAGCAGAGGCACUGGGUUGUUCAGUGUACUGGCAAGCUAAUAAGUAACCUUGCGAGGUUGCUUAUGUUCGCAGGCUGGGUGAAAAACUGUGUGUUUCAUAAGGUCAGUGUUAAUCAAUCAAUCACUUUAAUGAAUUUCAGGUUCAGAAAAUAAGAAUUCUGCUCAACAAGGCUAACAUUACGGAUGUGAAGGUUGGCUCAGUUGAGGAAUUUCAAGGUCAGGAAAGAAGAGUAAUAAUCAUCUCCACUGUCCGGAGCAGCCAAGAGUUUCUACAACUUGACGCACAGUUCAAACUGGGAUUCCUGAAAAAUCCGAAGGUUUGUUCACAUUUGCCUAGACCCUAGGCCUCAUUAUUCCGCGCGGCAAAAGCUUUUUGGGUCACGUGGUUCCGAAGUGAAUUGACCGAGAGGGCCUGGGAAAACGCCGUACAGGGACUAGGCAAUGUUUGCAUAAGAAUACCAGUACUUUUCUCUCUCCCCGCCGCGUGCCGCCUUUUCUUGCGUGGGGUGAUUUUCACGCGCGCUCGCGUUUCGCUCCCUCUACUAUCCCUGAGGAAAAAUGGGGACUACUCGUAGUCUAAGAGAUGUCUAGCAAUCCCACAUUUCUGGUAGUCCUCAAAUUUUGUGUUUUGGACGCCACCCCUGCUCUCCCUCUUUAGCUAGCUGAGUGGGUUAAUUAGCCCGGUCGAGCAGUCGACGGAUGUUUGUGGUAUCCUUCGUGACAUGCUGAAAACUGGACGUGAAUGGAUGAUUGAAAUUGUUAUUGAAACGGGUUUGAAGUAAAUUGUUGUAUUUUGUGUUCCUCAUAUUUACGUCAUUAAAUCCGGCAACUUUAGUAGAUGGAAAAGAACUCGAUGCACUAUCCGAAAUAAUAGAUCCGUAUUCUUGCCAUGGUAAUGUGCUACAAUAAGCUUACAGUGCAGGUUUAAACUGGGAACUCCCUCACGUUAGCUUUAACUGUUGGCAAGUCACAGUUAGGCCCGGUCCAGCCUCCGAACGUUUCAUUAUCCGGACCUAAUACAUUGAAUCAGGUGCAUUGGAGUGGCUCAGCCGUUCUUUCCGCCCAGCCCAGCCGGAAAUUUUGACUUUGGAGCGACUUUGGAACAGCUUGAUUUAAACGCCGAACUUAACAUGUGCCCAACGAACCUAAUGCAUAAAUUAUCGCAGCGUAUUUUGCAAUCAGUUUGACCGAAAUGAGUAUUUUUCUCCUUGUGAUUUUAGUUCGACAGGAAUUAAGAUCGGCGUCUGAAUCAAUUCAGGCGCUCUAAAUAAUUUCCAUUAAUGUAGGAGCUGCUUGUAAGGUUUGUCUUCAUUGGUCGCAAAAAGCAAUAACACAUCAUUGUUUAUCAUUAUUUCCCAUUGUUUCACGGUUAGGGUAUCGAACCAAUUGGCUUUUAGAGUUAGGAGAGCUGCUACAUGACCGAUAAUUUGGGUCGGCCUUAUUUCGAAUUAGGUUCGGCUCAUAAGAAGAUCGGCGUCUAGACCGGGGGCUUAGUUUUCUCAGUAGUAAACUUCUCAUGUCUUAUUUAUUGUAAUCAAACUAGUUUUAUUUAUCUCUUUACAGCGAUUUAAUGUUGCAAUCACAAGAGCACAAGCCUUACUGAUUGUGGUGGGAAAUCCUCACGUUCUUUGUAAAGAUCGACACUGGAACAGGUAAAAAAAAUUAACUCUACCGUUCACUAGGGCGAACAGUGAAAGACUUCGGGGGAAGUAAUUCCUACUGUGAAGCACACUGUCACAAGUCAAACGUUUCCCUAUUUCUCAUAUGAGACAUUCCUCUCCCCUCCCAUCCCCUCCCCUCCCCUCCCUCUCCUUUCCGUUCUUCAUUUUCUCUCUCUUACAGAGACAUGUAAAUAAAAGUAUUGCAGACUCCUCCUCCCUCCGCCCCGCAAGGGGACAGAGACCAGCGCCCCGAACUAUUAACAUUCCCACCAAGAAAUGUCUAUCCCAAAAGCACUUUUCUAACAACCCUUCCCCUCCCGCUCCCUUCACCUCUUCUAGUCCUCGCCUCUUCAUAGUCAUCUUUUCGUUUUUAGUUUUGAUAUUGUAUUCGUGGUGUUGACUUGCAGAUUUAUUCAAUUUUGCAUUGAUUGCCGAGGCUACCGUGGCUGCGAUUUCAAGCCUGCAGCCGAAGUUGAUCAAGAUCUCAUUGAUCGGCUAAAGCGCGUUCAUUUGGAUUCUAAAGAAGCAUUAGAUGCUUUGGAGACUAUUGUCGACGAACAACCCGCAUGGAACAGAGAUGAAGAUUACUGACCCUUUGAACAGCUCCUGUAUUUAACUUAAGUUUUGAGCAAUGCUGAAAAACAAAUAUCAAGCAAGCUAAAUUCAUGCCCAGUUGCUUUCAUUUGCAAGUCAUGCUCAGAGGCUUUCAUUUGAAUGGUCACAUUUAAGGAUUUCAUCCACAGACUCAAACGUUUGCCCCAUCUUGUGCAGCGUAAUAGACAGCACUACAGGAAAGAACCACUCAGAAAUUUAAUUUGAGUGGUCACACUUUAGGAUUUUAUCUACAGACUCAAAAGUCACUGAAAAGUUGCAACCACCUUGUGCAGCGCAAUAAACAGUACCAAAGGAAAGUGCUGCACAGUAGUGACUGUCAUAUCAUUGCUAACAAUUUGAAACAUUUGAUCUACGGACUCAAAGAUUGGAACUACCUUAUGUAAGACAAAAAAAAUAGAGAAUAUUCCCCUCUCUCCGGAUUUACGCCUGUUUUACAUCUAGAGUUCGCCUGGAACACACUAAAAAGCUAAUGGAAUGAGAACAACUUUCAGUGAUUUUUCAUAGAAAAACGAAAUUGUAAGUGAUUUAUUUGACCAAUUGCAAUCCACGAAGACAAGUCAAUGGACCACUUAAAACUCAGAGCACAUGCAUGCUGCGGGAGCCAACGGCGGGAAAACGCAAGGGAGAGUUAGUCACGUGAAUGACCUUGGAUUGAGUCUGGUUGCUUGACAAAGUCGCGCAAGAUUUUGUAGUCAAUCAUAGAGCUUGGCACUUUAUGCAGAACCCAAGGAAUCGUGAAAUUACAUUUUAUCUUUAAUUUAAAACCCUUUAAUUAUAGACAAGCCUUUGUUUUUCUCUAACAGAAGAUAGCAUGGUCACUUUUGGGACUACACAUUUGCCGAAUUUUAAACAGGACCGCGUCUUUUCCUGAGUCUCAAACAUCUGUUUUAAAGCAAAGUUUUAAGUGUAUCAAGAUGGGUGAAUUUAAAUUCAAUAUCCUCAUUUUAACUUUUAAAUAGUUACUCGAGUUUGGAAUUUUUCAUUAUUUUUACAACACGCAACCCCUUUGAAAAGCGUGAUAUAGAGCCUUAUACAUGUAUUUACUGCGUACUAUUUUAAAGUGAUAAAAUUAUUUGAAAACAUUUUGUAAGUGUAUUUGUUUCGCAGUAAUAAAUUAUCACCAC